GCGAAUUACAUCAGUUGCUUGGUACAACUAAAAUAAGCUAAAGCAUUGGGCUAACUUGAGAGCAUUUAAAAUAACACCUCAUAAUAAAUCGCAGGUUAUAAUGCCUUUGAACUUAUUGAAACUCUUCGCUUUGCUGAUCAUUAUGUUGGCACAAAUGGAAGCAAGCUUUGGCCAGCAAACCAUCUGUGGCCCCUACCUGGAUAUGGUGCUCUCGAGCAUGUGCGAAAAUGGCUUCAAUACCAGAUUCAAGAAGUCAAGAGAAUGGGCUGACCAAGAAAACGGUGAAAUGGACGCUGAGCUGCCUUUUGCUUAUGCGAACUUUCCAUUCUUGGCCAAGAUUCACGGCGGUCAAGUAGAUACAGUGGCUAAAAAUCGUCGUCGCCGCGGCAUAUAUGACGAAUGUUGUCUCAAGCCCUGCACAAAGAACGAAAUAUAUUCCUUCUGCAAGUAAAUGCCACUCUCUCGUCCACAAAUGAACUACAUCCUAUCUGCGAGUGAAAUGACUGAGAUUUAAAGCGUUUCUGCAAACUACUACGUACUUACAAGUAUAACUGGUGAUACUACACAUAUGACAAAUUGGUAUUUUGUGAUGAACUGUUAUUUAAAAACUAUUAAUGUAAUUAUAAAUAUUACCUGUGAAUAAUUAUACAAAAUAAAUGUUAGAUUAUUGAGAUAUUACUGCA